GGGGUCACCGUUCCGGGUCGCCCAGAGUUCAGGUUAAACAUGGCUGCCUCCGUCGCGAGGGGAGCCUUGGCUCUGCGUGCGGGUGUUAACCGGCCGGUUGCUUUUGUCAGGAAAAUUCCCUGGACUGCGGCGACGAAUGAGCUGAAAGAAUACUUUGCUCAGUUUGGCCAUGUACGAAAGUGCAUUGUACCUUUUAACAGAGAGACUGGCUUUCAUAGAGGUUUGGGUUGGGUUCAGUUUUCUUCAGAAGAAGAGCUGCAGAAUGCAAUCCAACAUGAAAAUCACAUAAUUGAUGGAGUGAAAGUCCAUGUUCAGGUUCGAAGACCAAAGAAUUUGCAAGGGGAUCAAACAUCUGAUGAAGAGAAAGAUUUCUGAGAUGAUUAUUACCCAUUAAAUAAACACAAAACAUAAUUUUGUCUAAAUGCUUUUAUUUAAAACAAGUAGUUGCAGUAAGCAAGAUCUUACUUUCCC